AUGUCUGGAAACCAAGCGCUUGAGCAACAUCCAUUUGACUUUGUCGACAUACACCUCACCAAGCCAGGUAGCUCUUUUCAAUGGGCUGUCUAUUCGUUUUUUGGCGCGUCUGGCAUCGCUGCCCUUUUCCUCGUUUAUUUUAGCAAACGCUAUGUCAGGGGAUUGUGGGCAUUAGCGUUUGUUAUUUUCCAUAUUUCUUUCAUAACGUACUAUCUGCUUGCUAGUGGGCUUGGCUGGGUGGCAAUUGAAGCCCAGUGGCCACGCGAUGAUAGUUUGGAAUUUGGUGGAACACGCCAGAUCAAUUACCCUCGUUUCGUCCAACAGAUCCUCGUAUCGCCAGUCUACCUUCUCGUCCUACUUCUUGGCACGGGUGCAAAUGUCGAAAUUAUUCUGUUUGGGAUGUUCACGCAGAUCUAUUUCUGGGUAUGCAUGCUUCUCGCUGCACUUAUCAGCGACCAGUACAAAUGGGGUUUGUUCACAAUGGGAGUGGUGUUAGAGUUUAAUGUUUGGGCCGUGUUGCUCUACCAAGGCACUCAGGCAUUGGGCAGCAGAGGUAACAUAGUCCAGACAGGCACCUACUACGCCGCUGCGGGGUGGUAUCUUAUCAUCUACCUGCUCUACAUUAUAGCAGCUGGAGUGAGCGAACUUGGCAACGUCAUCACUGUCACUGCUGAAGCUGUUUUUUAUGGUGUGCUCGAUCUCUGCAUCCAGGUUGUUUUGAUGUUUGUCUACAUACCUAUUUUUGCAUCGUACGUUCCUGGCGUAGGCAGUAGAGGAGCGGCACUUGAGGGACAGGAGCUAGGCAAUCAGGGUGUCUCACAGCCAUACACACUUCCACGCAAGGAGGUACCUUCUGCAACACCCACUACUGGUAUACAAGCUCAAUCUCAAUUUCAACAAUAUCAACCUCCUCCUUCACAAAUUCCACAGCCUCAGCAGUAUCAACAGACUCAGCCCCUUCCUCCACAGCAAGAGGCUCAACAGGAAAAAGUCACCAUGCCUACUUGA